AAUCUCCUAAUUCAAACUCAAGAAUUUAUAUUUUAGCCCUAAAAGCACUCCGACCCAUGGAGCAGAAAAGGUCCCCUCAGACAACAAAAGCAAUCAAGUGGAGAGAACGUAACAGAAACAGAGGCCAGGAGAGGGAUCAGAUAUAAAGCUUUCCCAACUUCUCCAGCCUCAGCUGCUUCGCUGCAAUCCGUUACCCUUCUCGCCCUUUUUCAUCAGAACCCAACGGCUGGAGAACAGGAACAGGCUCAGGCUCGGUGGAUUAUCUGCCCACCACCAUCAACGCCGAUUGCCGGCAUGGACGGUCGAGAUGCCGAGCAUCUUCGUUCGCCACCGCGCACGCUCUUGCUUUAAAUGUCGCAGACGAAAGGAACGGAAAAAGGAGCGACUUUUAGUAGGGUCGGGGUAAUUGUAGCUGAGCUAACGUGAAGCGACGAAGAGCUUUUGUAGAUGGCAGCGGGGAACUCGCCGGGGAAGACGUCGUUGGCGGAGGCGGCGGAGGCGACGGCGAGGGCUGCGAGUAAGAGGUACGAUGCUCUCGUUGCUGUGCGGACAAAGGCGUUGAAGGGGAAAGGGGCGUGGUAUUGGGCUAACCUGGAGCCUCUGCUCAUCCAUGGAUCCGACGACGGGCUCCCUAAGGCGGUCAAGCUCCGCUGCUCACUCUGCAACGCCAUCUUUUCGGCAUCAAAUCCAUCUCGCACUGCGUCAGAACAUCUCAAGCGUGGAACUUGUCCCAACUUUUCGCCUUCUGCAACGGUGGCUUCAUCUUCUGCCCCGCGACUCUCUUCCCCGUCUUCCGCUCCGGCUAAAACCUCUUAUCUUGCUUUGGUUGAUGCUUCUACCGCGGAGCGCGCUUUCUCUUCUUCUCCGACUCCACCACCUCCUCUUCCACUUCCGCCCGCCCUCCCCGCUCCGCACCAGCGCUUGCUUUUGUCCGGCGGUAAGGAGGACAUCGAUGCGCUCGCUCUGCUUGAAGACAGCGUGAAAAGACUGAAGAGCCCCAAAGCCUCUCCCCGUCCUGCACUUCCCAAACACUUGUCUGAAGCUGCUCUCUCCCUCCUUGCCGACUGGUUUCUCGAAGCCGGCGGCGCCGCUUCUCCUUCCUCCCUCUCCCACCCAAAGCUUCAAUCUUUUCUCCACCAAAUCGGUCUCCCCGUCCUCUCCCCACGCCACAUCACUGGCCCGCUCCUCGAGUCCCGCUUCCGCGACGCGCGUGUAGAUUCCGACACUCGAGCCCGCGACGCCGUUUUCUUCCAGCUUGAAUCAGCCGGAUGGAACUCUGCUGACGAAGAUACCCAGAGCUUAAUAAGCGUCGCAGUGAACCUCCCAAAUGGAACCACCGCCCUCCACCGCGUGAUGAUCAUCUCCGCUCGCGCUCCUUCCGAUUACGCUGAGGAAGUACUCCUCAACGCCAUCGAAAGUAUCACCGAUGGCGAUACCAGCCAACGGUGCGCCGGUAUCGUCGCCGAUCGAUUCAAGUCCAAAGCCCUUCGACGCCUCGAGACAGAGCACAAAUGGAUGAUCAACCUCCAUUGUCAGCUCCAGGGCUUCCAUAACCUAAUCAAAGACUUCGCCAACGACCUUCCUCUUUUUCGUUCCACUGCCACCGAUUGUUCCAGACUCUCAUCAUUUUUCAAUACGAACACAUUAGCUCGUGCCUUGCUUCACAAACACCAGCUCCAAGAUCUCAACCACAGCCACCUCCUACAUUCGAGUCCACCUUCAAGCUCCUUCGAGUCCGUUUUCGCAAUGCUGGAAGAUGUAAUUAAUUCAUCCCAUUCUCUUCAGUCUGCAAUAAAUGAAAAUGAAUUCAAGCUACUCUGCAUCGACGACCCGACCGCCAGAGAACUAACAGAGAUGAUCGGAAAUGUUCGGUUUUGGACAGAAUUGGAAGCAGUUCGCUCACUUGUGAAUCUUGUCAAGACAAUGGGCGCCGAAAUGGAGGCCGAGCGGCCAGUGGUUGGCCGAUGUCUGCCUUUAUGGAAUGAACUACGGAUCAAAGUGAAGGACUGGCGAGCAAAAUUCAAUUUUGAAGAACACGCCGUCGAACACAUCGUCGAGCGGCGGUUCAAGAAGGAGUACCACCCGGCUUGGUCGGCGGCUUUCAUAUUGGACCCUUUGUACCUAUCAAAGGAUGCAAGCGGCAAGUACCUCCCACCGUUCAAAUACUUGACGCCGGAUCAGGAGAAGGACGUUGACCGAUUGAUAACUCGACUGGUGUCACGCGAAGAGGCUCACAUUGCUCUAAUGGAGUUGAUGAAAUGGAGGACGGAGGGACUGGACCCGCUCUACGCUCAGGCAGUGCAGGUGAAGCAGCUCGAUCCUGCGACGGGGAGGAUGAAGGUGGUGAACCCGCAAAGCAGCCGUUUGGUGUGGGAGACGUGCCUCAGUGAGUUUCGGUCGUUGGGAAAAGUGGCGGCGAGGCUUAUUUUCCUUCAUUGCACGGCAUAUCGUGUUCGGUGCAGUGCGUCGCUGCUCCGACUGGGUAGGCGGUCGCCGGCCGCAGCGGAGCGGGUGGAGAAGAUGGUGUUUGUGGCGGCGCAUGCGAGGUUUGAGAGGAGAAGCUUCUCGAAUGAGCAGGAUCCCGAGAUCUUUGGAGAAGAGGAGGAUGUCUCAGCAGAGGCCUCUUCAGUGUAAUUUUAAUUUUAAAAUUUUAUUUUAUUUUUUGUUCAGAUUUAAAUGUUUCUCUUAGAUCUUUAGUUGUAUCCAUGGUGUAGGGAUUCGAUCGUUCGGUUUUAGUAUUUUGUUUUGGAUUCUUUGUAUGGAUUCAUGUCUUAUUGUUUGUUAUUUUUGUUCAAUUUACAUUGAGGUCUAAGUUGGUGAAGAGCUGCGGGAAAUGAAUCAGGAGUGCUUGCAUGGAUUCAGUUGAUACAUGAAGACUGGCUUAUAGACCUCCAUGAAUGCGUCAUUGUUCUCGCCCUCACGCAAAGGGCAACCGUCGGCAAGUAAUCAGGCAGCUACUACAAUAGGUACGUACGGACAUCACGUGGUAAGAUUUCAUUGACAUCACCGGAGAUUGCCGGUGAAUCGAAACACAGGUAGCCAUGUUGAUCCUUUCGCUACCUUCCCCUCCAUGGCGGCCGAAAGCAGCAUCAGCUUGGCACUUCGUACUGCUAUUCCAAUAAAAUUUAAUGCUCGGAAUGGAGCACCGCAGUCUUUCUAGCUGCUUUUCACUCGUGAGAGUGUAGAAAGAAAUCAGACCCCACCAUGCAACAAUAAAAAGCCCAAAUUUUUCUGUUAAAAAAAGGUUAUGAAUGUGCAUGAAGUACGCCUAUAUAUGAAACAGAGAAGAUAAGGAAUCCAAGAACAGAAUUUGGAACAGAACUUGAGACUGAUUUCAAGGCUUUUUAAUAGAGGAGAAAUAGUGGAAGGAUUUUUUAUUUUCUCUGUUUUUGAGCUGGUUAGAGCUGUGGGAAGUUGAGGGAAUGAGAUGAGAGCUGGAGCUGCUUGCUUGGCAUCUACCUACGCGGCAUUGAAGUUGUUUCAGGCGUGAUUUCAGGAACAUGACCGUAAUAAUUUUUCCUUUGAUUGAGUGCAUGCCAGUUCUGUUGAAACUGUUCGACGAAAUGACAAGGGUUGGUUUGGUACUUAUUUGUUAUUAUAACCAUAGA